ACUUUUUGUUCAUGUUCAGAUAUCCAACUUCAGAAUUUAAUCUUUUUACGGAUUCCUGACUUUUAUUUAAUCAGGAUUUUUCUCAGUUUUUCCUCAGCUUUAGUCAUGUGACAUUAAUGGCGGUCACUUCUCCGUCUCUGAUUCUUGCCUUACAUUACAUGGCCAGGCACCAUACACCUGAUUUAUCAUAUUAUACAUUAUUAAAGAGACAAAUGUGAUUUAAACAUCUGAGCAGUUUAGACACGUGGUUGCAUUAACAUCAUGUGAAUAUAGCGUCUCUGUUGCUGAUAUCUCUCAUGUGACGAGCAUUGGUCCAUCAUUUUUGGACUGAUGGCGCAUUGCAUGUGGACUAAUAUUAUGGUUAACGUGAUGGUGACUCUAACUCUUGAGGACAGCUUCGUGGUUAAAGAAACGUGUGCUUUACGUGGACUUAAGCUCUUCCGCAUCCUCUGAAAUGUGUUCCGGCAACACGCUCGUUGUCACUGCGGCAAGAAGCGCUGCAGAAGCACCAACUUAGGGCUGUUGUCGCACACGAUACCCUACAACAUUCACUGAUCACAAAACACGAGCAGUUGGGUAUUUCUGUCAGUUUAAACAGGCGCAUGCUGUCAAAAACAUGAAGACUCUGUCCGUAUAACGCACUGCUGUGCCGCACCCUGUCCUGCACCCUUAGGUUUUGGCUGUGACUCAAAGCUGUGGAGUUGACAGAAGGUAAUCCUCACCAUGUGAGGCCUCGGCCCCAGUUUGGAGGCGGGGUGUGAUUCAUUGAAAUCUGUCGGUGCUAUAAAAAGGGGGAGUUGCAAGUAACCCAACUUCAACCCACAAGAUCGUGGCAAGGCACUAGACCAUACGGGUCGUUAUUCUAAGUGAUAAUGAAUACAGUCAAAGCAGUUAAAAAUGCAGUAGUCUGUCUCGUCUUGCUGCCCCGUUUUCUGAUGGCAGCAGUCAUGUUUUGGCUGCUUGACUUUCUAUGCAUUAGAAAAAGGGUUUUCUUCAGAAUGAAGGAGCAGGAGGGUGAUGCCAUCGACCCCCCUCUGUGCAUUUCAGACUCAAACCGGUUCUUCAGCCUGGAGUCCCUCAAGGCGGUGUGGCACGGCCAAAAACUGGACUUUCUGAAAGCAGCGCAUCUCGGACACGGAGCGCCCAACACCGAAGUUGUUCAGCUGGAGGAUCAGCGGCGCAGCCGCAUCCUCGAUUACGCAAAGGACAAGAGACCGCUCAUCCUCAACUUUGGCAGCUGCACCUGACCACCGUUCAUGGCGCGUCUGAAGGCUUUCCGGGGAGUCGUGGAGCAGAACGCAGAUAUAGCAGACUCUGUAGUUGUGUACAUCGAGGAAGCCCAUCCCUCCGACGGCUGGAUGAGCACCGACGCGCCCUAUCAGAUCCCCAGACACCGGUGUCUGGAGGACCGGCUGAACGCUGCCCAGCUGAUGCACCUGGAGGUGCCCGGCUGCCUGGUCGUGGUCGACAGCAUGGAAAACUCCUCCAACGCUGCGUACGGAGCUUAUUUCGACAGACUUUAUAUACUACAGGACGGAAAGAUAGUUUACCAGGGUGGCAGAGGACCUGAAGGGUAUCGGAUCACAGAGCUCAGAGACUGGUUGGAUCAAUACAGAAAGAAGCUGGACAAAUCCAGUAAUCAAGUUAUCCAUGUGUAGAUUAGUUGCCAUCUUUUUAGAGCUGCUAUGACGAACAAAACAAAUGCUGCAGAUUUUUCAGUAUUAUAACUCCGGUUAGAUUGAUUUAAUGCUAAUGGUUUAAGUGUAUUUAUUUUUGAUAUGUUUGGAUGAAAGUAGUUUGUUCAACCUUGUAGGAUGUACCACAGUAGGCUCCUUCCUGUCAUAUUGGAUCCACCCAUAAACAGGUUAGUUUGUCUGGACCUCAUUUGUUUGUGAACAAAAGUAUUUAGUGUGUCAAACGUUUUGUUUUGAAUUACCUCUCCUCGUGUUGAAGCGCCUUCAGUGAAUCAGUCAGGAUGUCGAGAUGUGCGCAUCACUGUGUUCGUCAGUAUUGUUGUGAAGUUCGGUUUUUAAACGGUCUGAAACCAGAGAACCGAGACUGAUGUUUUCCAUACUGGAGAUCAUGGUGAAGGUGCUGCUGUCUGUCCUGCAUGGCGCAACUGUUUGUAAAUAUUGUUCCGUUUUAUGGAGAUAUUUUUCAUACAAUAAAAUGCUUUGAUUUACUC